AUGGCGGAUCUCCUCGGUUCUAUCCUCAGCUCCAUGGAGCGGCCGCCUCAGGUCGGUGACCAGGAGAGUCGGCGGAAAGCCCGAGAGCAAGCUGCCCGCCUCAAGAAGAUGCAAGAACAUGAGAAGAGGCAGAAGGUGGAGUUCAGGAAACGGAUGGAGAAGGAGGUGUCGGAGUUCAUACAGGACAGCGCACAGACCAAGAAGAAGUUUCAGCCAAUGGGGAAGAUUGAGCGCAGCAUCCUACAUGACGUGGUGGAGGUGGCUGGUCUGACUUCAUUUUCCUUUGGGGAGGAUGAGGAGAGCAGAUAUGUGAUGAUCUUUAAGAAGGAAUUUGCUCCGUGUGAUGAGGAGCUGGAAGCGUAUCGGAAGGGGGAGGAGUGGGACCCGGUGAAGGCCGAGGAGAGGAAGAGAUUGAAGGAACAGGCCCAGAAGGAGGCGGAAGCUGAUGCCCUGAGAGGUCCCUCCUGCGUCAACCCCAACACUGACUACAAGGACAAAUACAGUCACCUUAUCGGAAAGAUGGCCGCCAAGGACGCUGCUCACACUCUGCAAGCCAACAAGGCAUAUGGCUGCGUUCCUGUUGCUAACAAGCGAGACACGCGCUCCAUUGAGGAAGCUAUGAAUGAAAUACGUGCUAAGAAGCGUUUGAAACACGACGAUGGAGAGUCUGCAUCCGGCACCUCCUAA